AUGCCCAAAGAAAAGUCUGUCAACCCAGCAGCGGCGCAACGCAAAGCCGACAAGCAAAAAGAAAUCGCCAAGAGCAAGAAACAGCAGCAGGCGCAACGCAAUGAGAAACUCGCGCGCCGCAACCCGGAGCGGCUGCAAAGGCAGGUCGAUGAGUUGAAGGAGUUGGAGGCGAGGGGCACGCCGUUGAGGCCGAAAGACCAAGAGACAUUGAAGCAGUUGGAGAGGGAUUUGAAAGGAGUUCGGAGGGCGAGAGAAGCGCUGGGUGAGGCGGCACCCAAGUUCAGAGAGAGGAGAGAUGAUGCACCUGGCGGAAGAGGAGGAGAUGCGAGGACGGAGCAGAUGCAACGAAGACAGGGUCACCAGCAGCAGCACCUGGGCAAGAGGCGGCGCGACGCAGACGACGCGGAGAGCAAUAGCGAGGCGUCAGAUGCGGAAGUAAGAGACAUCCCAAUGCCGAAAGAUACGCCUCCGCCUAUACCUCAUACUGCACGACGGGGAGCUUCAAGACGAGGAGUACAAGAUGGGAGACGCGAGCCGCAUGCUCUACCCGCGAAACCGGUGCUGCCGCCGGCGCAAACGGUGUACAGCUCUGCGCCGCAGAUUAAAGAUCUCAAGAAGGAGGCGGCGCGAUUCGUUCCUGCUGCCGUGGCGGCGCAAAAGAGACGAAUGAAGGGCGAGGGGAGAUUGUUGGAGCCCGAGGAGGCGGAUCGCUUGGAGCAGGCGGGAUAUGUGGCU